UAAAAACACUUAUUUAGAUGGUGAAUGCACCACACGCAUCUUCGGGUUCUACACUUAGUGCUCAGAAGAAACGUCAGGAUGAAAAGAAUCUUCGGGCCUUACGGGAACUUGCAUCAUUGCCAGCAAAUCGUUUCUGUUUUGAAUGUGGACAGCGCGGACCGACUUAUGUAAACGUCACACAUGGAUCAUUUUGUUGUACCAGCUGCUCUGGUAUUUUACGUGGUCUGAAUCCACCGCAUCGGGUCAAAUCAAUUUCCAUGGCUAACUUCACAAACGAGGAAAUUGAGCGAGUUCGUAGCCUUGGAAACGAAGAGAAUUCACAUACAUGGCUUGGUUUAUAUUCCGGCAAUCCACCAAAAAUGACAAACAAAGAUGAAAUUACUGCAUUUCUCAUCAAGAAAUACGAAAAGAAAGAAUGGUUUGUUUCCCGAAGUGAACUUGAAGAACAAGAACGACUCCUCAAUCAAGCAAAAGAGGUGGCUAGCCAGUCUGGCGCCAGUAUGAAGAGUGGCGGUAGUGCCUCAUCGAAGCCGCCUGAAUUGGAUCUGUUCGCCACCGACCCAUUCGCAGCUUUUGGGCCUCCUAUAACACGUCCAUCAGCUGUUCAGCAGCUUACUGAAACGCCGCCGAUACAAGCUACUAGCUCGAUUCCUGCCCAACCUUUCUCGCCUCCUGCGUUUACCGCUCCACCUCCUCCUUUACCAUCCAAAUCUCCCGCUUCGAGCAGCAGUUUUCCUCAGGUCUCGAAUCCGUUUGACUCCGCAGCGCCGAAGAAUGUCGUUUCCGCUGUGGACCCUUUUGCCGAUUUUGAUGCUAAAUUUAGCGAACUCGCACUAAAGAAUUCAUCAACUGUUGGCACUUUUGGAUCGCCUCUGCCGCCCCAACCACUUCCGAAAUCAGCUACUGUAAAUUCUGCAUUGCAUACGCAGCUUCCCGCUUCCGCCCAACCGACGAAUCCGUUCAAAAAUGAGAUGCCACCUAUGGCGCAACCGCUCAACACUCAACCGAAAUCGGAUCCUGUUCCAAUUUGCAGUACUUCAAACGACGCUGACAAAUACAGUGCAUUAGCGGAAUUAGAUCAGAUGUUCCAUCACGGGAGCAAUCCUAGUCUUCCUAGCGGAGAUAAACCAGCGUGGUUACCCAGCGGUUUCUCUACUGGACUUCCUCCUUCUCAUCACACACCCGCCUUCGACUCACAGCCAAAGAUUGCUUCUAACCCGUACGGCUCCAUCCCUAAAAGUAACACAUUUGGAGCAAUAGCUGAAGUUGGAGCAACCCCCAUCCCUCCAAACCCCGUGUCAUUUGACAAUAUACAACAACAGGCGUUUUCGAAUUCAUUUGCAAACCUGGCACCGAAUCCAUUUCUUGUGCAGUCUUUCGGAAGCACCACUGCACCCCCUGGAAACUUCAUGGCUACGAACGCGCCGCGAUAUCCUCAAGCACCAAACCCAUGGAACAACCCCUUCUCGCCUGGAGUAGCUAAGCCAUACUACGGUGCGGAUCCCAUGCGAAGUGUAAGCGAAACGCCUCACCAGCAAAGCAAUCAGAAUUGGAAUCCUUUUGUGUAAAUAAUCUAGCUGUACAGAAAUAUAUUGAAUUUGCAAACGCAUGAUCGUAUCCUGUUGAAAAUGUAAGCUGCUUAAGUGGUGGAAAGUCUUUUUUGAGUUUCAGUUUCACCUGCAUUUAUUGUUUGUCGAGACAAACACUUUUUAUUCCGUAUCAUCAUUUAUUUUACUGUUUCAACUCCUCGCUCGUCUCACAUAACGACAUAUGGGUCACUGAAAAUCUUCCGCGUACGUAAGUCGCUCAAACUGCAACAGAUCUGUUUAUUUAAUCCGAAAGGUUGUGUAUUAUUGAUGUCUCUUUUUGAACAGAUCAUAAUGUUGCUGAUUGUCAUAUGCGCUAAUGCUUACAUUCUAGUCAACUCACAUGUAUUUUUAUUUGAUACGUAGAUUGUUUUCUCUCGAAUCCGCUUUCAAAACUGAGACGCGCGGUCAGAGCAACACCGGAACCGUUGAGCGACA